UUCGUGCUAGGGAGCAGUUACUUGUGGCACUACCUGUGGCAUCAGCCAAGCAAUCGGCCAAUCGCAUCAAAGUGCUGUGUUGUUAUAAAACUCAAAGUAAAUCGCUCCCGAAUCUGUGGCACAACAUCAUAAUGCUAAGGCUGAGGGACACACGGCCAUCCGUUAUGGGUAUUUUAUUGUUCGCUGCCUGCGCUGUGGUGGCGCAGAGCAUGCUCGCCGUGGCAAUGGCUGCGGAUCAGGCAUACGCCGAUAAUCCCGUCGAUAAGGACAGUGAGCUGGUGACGUUGCACAAGCGACCGGCUUUCUUUGUGGGCAGCCGUUACGGUCGCUCCGGUAGCAACAAUGGAGCGCCCAGCAGCUCCAAGACACGACGUCUGAUUAUCGUGCCGCGCAACGACCGCUUCUUCCUCGGCUCCCGCUACGGCAAGCGCAGCGGCAACGAGUAUUUGUCGCCGUACGAGCAGGAUAGCCUGGGCCUGGGCAAGGCGAAUGUGGCUGACACGGAACAACAGCGUAGUAUUGCAUCUGGCCGUACGGUGACGUCAGGCUUGCUGUCCUGCACCUACACAGGCCUCAGCAAUUUCUAUCGCUGCAAUAAUGCCGACGACUUCAAUCUCAACAAUAUCGUUAGUCAGCUGGUGGCUGUCGGUGGCAGGGAAGCGGCGCAGGAGGUUGCGGACGACACCAACACCAAGUAAGUCGCCGGCAGCACCAACAACAACAACAACAAAGCACCAACUGGCAACUGGCAAUUGAUUGACAACAACACCCUAGACUUGUAGUGGCACACGCUCCUCCGGCAUUAAAUACGAUCCUUGUUCAUUUCUAGCUGCUUUUGUUAUUUCCUCGUUUGCGACUCGACUGCGUUGAGAAAAUGGUAUUAAAAUUUUUAUGGGGCUGGAAAAAGUUUUAAUACGAUUGAUUUUGUAAAUAUAUUACGACGUACCUACAUAUUAUCAAAUGGAACACUUAUUGUGUGUGUAAAUAAAAUAAGAGAGCAUAAAUAAAUUGGCAAAUCGAAAAUGGGAAAUGGUUGAAGUUGCAACUAAAGCAUUUCCUCAGCUCGGCGUUAACUUGAACAAACAUUUAUGAUUACACUUGUACUAAAAACUUAAACACAUUAAAAUAACAUAAAUACC